AUGGCUGACGCCCGGGUGUUGUGUCGCCAGCUCAACUUCCCUGGAGCCAGAUCUAUUGUGACUGGGAAGGACUACGGACAAGAAACUGUAAAGGCACAGAAACACAUCUCUUCACCUGUGAAUUCAAAGGCUGGGGAGAAACUGACUGCACACACAAAGUGUGUAGUUUGUGAAACAGGAAGCAUUAAUGUGGACAUCAAUGAUUCUACUCACUCACUGGACCACAGCAUCGGCCUGUCUGACUUUCUCGGCCAAAUCUUUGAUGAUGGAAAUGACUGUGACUUCCUGAUCAUAGUGCAGAGUCCUACUGGGAACAAACAGGAGGAUGGGACCCCAGAGAUACGUCAGAAAACCAUCUGUGCUCACAAAAUGAUCCUGUCACAAAUCCCAUUCUUUAAUGCUUCAGUGGGGAUUUCUACCAUCACAGUCAACCUCAGCUUGACCUGCCAGCCACAUUUCACCUCCUUCAUCAGGUACAUUUACACCCGUAAGAUGGAUGUGACCCUCUCCUCUGCACUGUGUCUCCACCAAAUGGCUUCUAAUUUUGGGUUAAAGCAGCUGAUGGAGGACAUUGGCCGACUGUUUUCUAAAAUCCUCCCAGAAGACUCCACCUUUCACAACCAGGUGUCUUUUUACAAGUAUGCAGUGGAGACCAAGGACUUAGUCCUUGAGGAGAACUGUGUCCAGUACAUGGCCUGGAACUACCAAAACCUGACCAGGUCUCCUGCUUGGUCCGGCCUCUCAGUGGGGCUUCUUAGAGCUCUUCUUACUCGCUCAGAUUUGGUGGCGCCAGAUGAAUAUUUUGUGCUGCAGUCUGUAGAGAGAUGGAUCAGUGAGAAAGGCAACUCCACUGAUUUGGAAACGCAGGCUGAUCUGUUGGGACGCAUUCGUUUUCCUAUGAUUCCUGCUGAGAAGCUGUAUGUGAUCGAGUCCAGCUCUCCGCUCUACAGCACUCACAAGACCAUGUAUCGUGAUAAUAUGUUGAAAGCAUUUCAGUUUAAUGUGCUCCUCUUCAGUAAUCUGACAAAGCAAAAGUUCGGCAAAGAAAAUAUUAAUUACCAGCCCAGGAUUUACACUGCUGAGCCCUGGAGCAUCAUUUUAGAGCUUUCAAUCAGAACAUCAUCUUCUCAAACCCACUCAAGACCGAACGACAAACGGCAGCGCUACAAUUACCGCUAUAUCCACGGCUAUGGCUAUGAAACUUCUUCCUACAGUCAAACCAGAUCCAAGUCAUUUAGCACACCUGUUCACAACAGCCUCAUCUUCAAGGACACUGUAAAGAGGUGGCAAGCAAAUAUUCUCAUGAACAGGCAGGAAUGUUCAAACCAUGGUGUGAGAUGUGAGUCUUUUCCUGUGGCAAAGCUGACACCCCAAAGCUACAUCUCCAAAAGCGACAUCUUCUUUCGUAACCGGGUCUUGCUGGUCUGCCAGGGCCAGUAUGUUUGUCAGAUCCAGGACUUCAAAAGCAAUAUGGCUUCCAUCUCUGCGAACGCUACUCAGGUCCUUCCUUAUCCCUGUCCUGAUGACCAGUUCACCUACCAGAUUGUAGUGACACCAGAGUACGUGUGAUGCACCGUCAGUUCCAGGAUCUAUGCAUUCAUCAUUUUGUAUUCUCAAUAAUUGACCAAAUCACUCUGUAGCCCAUGAAGUAAUAAAGAAACAACCAGUAUUAUCCA